GUAGAAGGCGCAGUAGAAGCAGUGUAAGUGUUCCCCAUAUGAAACUGUGACACGUUUAACACCCAAUUGAUAAAACAUGGAUAAAAAGAAACCUUUUUCCGUAACAGCAUCAUCGCUGGUGGACCUAAAAGCAGAAUUAUACAGAAAACAGGAGCAGUUUAAGCAAGAAAAACUCGCUCAAGUAAGUGGUGGAGCUGGAAGCAAAGUCAAAGAGAAAUUUACCACUAAGAAACCUUCUGUGUGGAGUAAACAAAAUGCAGGCGUUUCAACCAGAGCUCAGAAAGAUGCAGAGCAGUUGGCAGAGGAGCAGGACAACCUCAAUGCUGCAAGGCACAAAUUGGAACAAAAGGCAAAACUGUAUGAGCAAAUGUCAAAAGGAGAUUUACCUGAUGAGGAAACAGAGGGGCUGUUUCUGGUCGACUUCACUCAGAAGAUAAUUGAUAAAAAGAAGGAAACCCUCUCACAGCAGGAGAGACAGAGGGAGAUGGAAAGAGAGAGGGAGCGAGAGAGGAAAGAAGAGGAAGAGGAGGAGAGAGAAAGCAUGUUACCGAUCCCUGCUCCUGAAAACCCAGAUGAGGAAUGGGUGGACUAUGUGGAUUCUUUGGGACGAUCUCGAAGAUGCAUGAAAAAAGAUCUGCCUAAUUUCCAGAGAAUGGACCUGGAUUUGAAUACAGGAAAAGUUCCUGAUGAUCAGAAGACGCUGCUUUCAGAAGAUAUGCGGCGAGAGUUACAGAGAAAGGAGUGGGAGAGAGAGGAAGAGGAGGCAAUGAAGAGGCCAGUGGGACCAAUCCACUACGAGAACAUCAGAGCACAAGAGGCGAGGGAUUUGGGUGUGGGGUAUUUUGCCUUUUCUCACGAUGAAGAGGAGCGACGUAAACAGAGGGACACUUUGGACAUGCUCCGAGACCAGACAACAGAUCAGCGUAACAAACGUGAGCGUCUGAAGGAGAAGAGACAGGCACUGCUUCAGGCCCGACUUGCCAAAGUUCGACAGAGGAAGAAGAAGAAGGCCAAACUUGAUGGCACUGAAGAAGAAGAGGAGGCCAAGGAAGAGGAGAAAGAACCAGAGGAAGAGGAGGCAGAGGUGUUGGAGGAGGACGUCCCGGUGGUGAGCAUCGUGAAGAAGGUGGAGGUGGAGAUCCAGGAACGAAGAGAUACUAAACCUGGAGUCCCCCAUGUCCGAGAGUGGGACAGGGGCAAAGAGUUUAUGUUUGAUGAAUGGAAAGAUCGUCGCCGUAAAGAGCGAGAUUCCGAGUUUGCUCCUCCAUCUGCUUAUUUCAAAGAAGACACCAAGAAGCACAGAUCAGGAAAACCCCAAAAUAUGACAAGCCCUGGUCAAAAACGCUUUUCAAAUCAACAAAAGAUACAGAAGAGCCACCAGUAACCAAACCAGAGGCUCCUCUAUCUCCUCCAUCAAAUGAGCCAAAAGUACAGCAAGAUCUCCCCAAACAACCUCCAAAUGUUUGUGUACCACCACCAAGUUUUGCCCCCCCAAGGUUUGCCACAGGUCCUCCUCAAGGUUACACCACAUCUGAGCCACUUCCUCCUGGAGUGUCAGCUCCAGUUGACCCCUCUCCCAACUACCAGUAUCCACAGGCUCCAUUUUGUCUUCCUUUCCCUCCUCCAUUCCCCCCUCCUCCUUUUCUACGGCCAAAUAUGCCAUACCCACCUCCACCAGUAGGGCCAAUUUAUGCUCCAAAUUAUCAGCAGCAACAGCCACAGCCUCCUCAGCCUUCUCCCCCAGGUGAGCAAGAACAGGUGAAACCUGGGAACCCACAAAACAAAGAGUCUUCACAAAGUUUGGAUGACAUGCUUUCCUUCUAUAGAAAUGCAACCUGAAUGUUAAAGUCUUGUUUUUUUGUAGUAGUUGAAUGAGCCUAAAUACGUUUUCUGUUUAAUAUGCCAAUAAACUGAAUUGUCCAUUCAUCCAAUAAAUCUGAAAAAUUA